AUGCCGCUCGCGCCCGCGCUCACCCAGUCUACUCCUCAACGCACAGCCGUCAUCGGCGGCGGCAUUGCCGGCCUGGCGUGCGCCCGCCGGCUGCAGCAGCUCGGCCACGAGGCCGUUUGCUUCGACACGGGGAAGCACGCUCCUGGCGGGCGCUGCUCCUCACGCACCUGGCCUGGCGGAGCGACGGUGGAUCAUGCCGCUCAGUACGCGACCGCCCGCUCGGCCAGCUUCAGCGCUCUGAUGAAGGAGCUGGAGACCGAGGGGCUGGUCAAGCAGUGGCCGGCACGAGUUGUUGCCCUGGAAGGAGGCGCUGCUGCUGUGCCAGUCGAGGGCGACGCCGUGCGCUACGUGGGCGCGGACGGCAUGGGCGGCAUCGCGGCGGCGCUGGCGCGCGGCCUCGACGUGCGUCAGGACGUGUGGGUGCCGCCCAACGGAGGCAUCACGUACGAGAGCGACGGGAUGUGGCGUCUGCGGCUGCCCAGUGGCGCGGGCGACGACUGUCGCUUCGACGCGGUCGUGAUUGCGCACAAUGGAAAAUGCGCGGAGCGGCUGACCUCGAGCGUGCCGGCGCGCGACGUGCACUCGCUCCUCCGCACUCGCUUUGCCGCUUCGCUGCCCGGCGGAGGGCGCGAGGGCGGCGGCGUCUUCACGCUGAACUCUGUCUACUCGCUGGCGUUCGAGGCGCCGGCCGGGGUGAUGCCCUCCGACUUCGACGCGGCGGAGGUGCGCGGCGGCCCGCUGCGCUGGCUGGCAAACAAUGCCGCAAAGUACGCUCCGGCCGACGGGGGCGGCGAGGUUUGGACCGCCCUGAGCACCGGCGCGUUCGGCAAGGCGCACAAGGUGCCGCAGGAGCAGCUGGCCGGGACUGAGGCGGAGGCGGAGGUGACGGCGAAGCUCCUCCGCGCGGUCGAGGCCGCCGUCGGGCUCGAGCCAGAGGCGCUCAAGCCCCUCCGCACCAGGCUGCAGCUGUGGGGUGCCGCGCUGCCUCUCUGCAGGUGGGACGACCCUUACGUCUGGGACGCGGAGCACCGCAUCGGCAUCGCAGGCGACUGGUGCGCCGCCUCCGCCGAGCACGCGGCCACUGUCGAGGGCGCCUUCUCUCGAGGCGCUGCCCCCGUCCCCCGAGCCUUCUCCCGGAGCCUUCUCGGAGCUCUCCUAGGCGCCUUCCUCUCGGGCGAGGCGCUGGCCAACCACCUCGCCGCCACGCCAGCACAGCCCGCCGGCCUCAGCCUCGGCGCAGACGGCAGCAGGUUCGUGCCCAUCGAAGGGGCAUUCGGCGGCGCCCCUGGCCAGUCGUCGUGGGUGCAGCCGGCAGAGGCCGGCGGCGGGCGCGGCGGAGGGUGUGGCGGCGGCGGGCGCGGUGGCGGCGGAGGGGGAGGCAAGCGGUACUUUGCGCAGCGGCUGUUUGUGCACAAUUUGCCUUAUGAGUGGGGCGAGGCGAGGCUGGUGGACGAGAUCGAGGCUUGCGCCGGGCGGCGCUCCGUCUCGGCGGCGCAGGUCCUCACCUCGGCGGACGGCCUCUCGCGCGGCAUGGCGAAGGUGCGGAUGGAGACGGCGGAGGCGGCCUCGGAGGCGGUGCGCUCCCUCGACGGCAAGACGUUGGGCGGGCGGGCUCUGCGGGUCAGCCUGGAGGAGCGGAGGGACGGCGGCGGCGGCGGCGUUGGGCGCGGCGGCGGGCGCGGGCGCGGGAACGGCGGCGGCCGCGCUGGCCGCCGCGGCGGACGCGCGUGA